AUGGGACGUUUAACUCGCAUAGCAGUAUUAGUACCUUAUCGCGACAGCGACCCAGCUCACAAUCGACAAGCGCAUUUGAACGAAUUCGUGCCAUAUUUGACAAUUUUUUUGCAGCGGCACUGCACAUUGAAUGGUGCCUCCUUCCACAUCUUUGUCGUCGAGCAGUCACUUGACGGCCGCAAGUUUAAUCGAGGCAAGUUGUUAAAUGCAGGCUUCGAUAUUGCUCGCAACGACUAUGAUGUUUUUAUUUUCCAUGAUGUUGAUUUGCUACCGGGGGAUGAAUUAGGUGAGUUCUAUACGACCAUACCGUGCCUUGGGCCGACGCAUAUUGCGCGACUAUGGGAGCGUUACAACAGCUGCUUAAGCUACUUUGGUGGCAUUGUGGCAUUCACAAGCCAGCAAUUUAUCAAGGUCAACGGAUUUCCCAACAACUUUUGGGGCUGGGGGGGAGAGGACAACGAACUGUAUAGUCGAGUGAUUCGCAACAAACUCGCCAUUCAGGCUCCGAGAAGUGGCACGAUUCGCGACUUAGAGAAGCUCACACUGCAAGAUAAGUUAAAAAUGCUUCGAAAGGGCAACGUCAAGUGUACUGUGAAGCACAAUCUGCUCAAGGAACAUCAUCGCACGUGGAAGAAAAAUGGUUUGACGAAUUUGUGCUAUGAAUACAUAGACGCCGAGGCAAUUAACGAAUAUUGCACUAAGAUUACUGUCAAGCUCGGUCCAAAUGGCCAUUGGUCGGACUCACGAUCGUCCUUGGAGCACCCGACAGCUCUCGGACCGAAUAAGAAGACCAACGCUACGACAGCCCUGGAUGAGUUGGACUUUUUUGGCUUUGAUGCAUCCUCAAAGCCUAUGGAGAAAAUCGAACAUUUGCGCAAGAUUAGCGUCGAUCUGGUGUCGAGCGAAGAUCUAACUAACCAGACUCGCCAAGUGAAAGGAAGCAAACCUCGUCGCAAACGCAAGCUAAGUGAAGGUGCGCUAAUGGAGCAGUGUCUGGAGGAUGAGGCGCGGCAGAAAGCGUCGCAACUGCUGGCCCCAGAGACCAGCAAGCGCAAACAAAAGCGCGAACGGUGUCUUUCGUGCCCCAAUUCGAAGGAGAGUAAAGCUGUACUGCAGAAGUUAGAGAAGGAUUUCGAUCUUUCCUGCGACUGCAAGAUGGAUGAGGUAACCUCAUUUGAUCUAAAUGUAGACGCGGGGGAGUCAAUUGAUGCAAAAACUGCAAGAUUGGCUAAGGAGAGAGAGAAGAAGAUGAAUGACGGAACUUCUGAACAGAAGGACAUUCAGCUGCUUCGGCGUCAGCUUGGAAUUCGCGUAAGCGGACUUAGAGCGCCGGCACCAAUUACAUCGUUUGCAGAUAUGCGCUUGGAUCCUAACGUCAAGGCUCAAGAAAUGAAGCGUCUACUCUUGCAUAAUAUUGAGCGCUCCGAGUACAAGGAGCCAACGCCAGUGCAGAUGCAAGCCAUUCCAAGCUUUUUGCUCCGGCGCGAUUUGCUGGUCACUGCGCCCACAGGUUCUGGCAAAACGGCAGCUUUUGCAAUUCCAAUCCUAGCAAACCUGGCAGCUCGAAACAGCAUCGGCAGCGGUAUUCGCUCGAUCAUCUUAGCUCCCACUCGAGAUCUGGCUGUUCAGAUUCGUGCCGAAUUGGUGCGUCUCUGUGCGGGUAAAAAACUCCAUGUCACGUUGCUAUCCAAGGCAACUGCUGCUACUAUUGCUUCCCAGACCAAAAAUAAGCUAGCUAUUACUCACGAUGUCUUGAUUGCAACCCCACUGCGACUGGUACACUUGAUACAAGAAUCAAAGGUUGACCUAUCAACUGUCGAAAUGGUGUGUCUAGAUGAAGCCGAUAGACUGCUUGAGCUAGGUUUUCUGGAACAGGUUGAUGAAAUUUUUUCUGCAUGCUCUCAUCCCAAAGUCCAGCGAGCCAUGUUUAGUGCUACUAUGUUGGAAGGUGUCGAGGACUUGGCCCAAACUGUUUUGCGUGAUCCUGUCAAAGUGGCUGUAGGUCUAAAAAAUGCUGGUGCAAGCACGAUCGACCAGAAGUUGUUUUUUGUAGGCAAAGAAGAAGGAAAACUUUUUGCCAUGAAGCAAUUGCUACACGAAGGGAUGCAGCUUCCCGCACUGCUUUUCGUGCAAAACAAGGAACGAGCCAACGAGCUUUACCAUGAGCUGCUGUAUGAUGGAGUAAAUGUUGGUGCUGUUCACGCAGAUCGUACCAAAGAACAGCGUGAUGAUGUCAUACGGCGUUUUCGCACCGGGGAAGUGUGGGUACUUAUUUGUACAGACCUGAUGAGCCGUGGCAUGGACUUCAAAGCCGUUAACAUGGUGGUUAACUAUGACUUUCCACAGAGUGCGGUGAGUUAUAUUCACCGCAUCGGUCGUACUGGUCGCAAUGGACGAAGUGGCAAGGCCAUCACAUUUUUCACCGAAGACGAUAUGGUUUACCUACGAACAAUUGCUAAUGUAAUGAAAAUAUCUGGCUGUGCUGUUCCUGACUGGAUGCUUUUGCUGAAAAAAACAAGCGCGUCAAAAAAGAGAAAGCUUUUGAAAGCACCACCUGCGCGCCAUCGUAUUAAAACGGUGUCCGGAUACGACCUUCAGAGGGCGAACCGCCUAAAACAAAUGAAACACGCGAAGACUGGCGGGUCGAGCAAUUCUAGAAAACAGCAGAUGGGCUAG